AGUCACGUGGCCCGCAAGGCCGAGGGGCUGGUGGGCGGGGGCCGGGCCGGUGCUCCGCAGCUGUCUGUGGCACCCGGAGCUGGCGGGCCGUGUGGGCCCCUGGAGAGCCCGCCAUGGUGCGCGCGGGCGCCGUGGGCACGCAUCUCCCGGCCUCCGGCUUGGACAUCUUCGGGGACCUGAGGAAGAUGAACAAGCGCCAGCUCUAUUACCAGGUAUUAAACUUCGCCAUGAUCGUGUCUUCUGCGCUUAUGAUCUGGAAAGGCUUGAUCGUCCUCACCGGCAGCGAGAGCCCGAUCGUGGUGGUGCUGAGUGGCAGCAUGGAGCCGGCCUUUCACAGGGGCGACCUUCUCUUCCUGACAAACUUCCGAGAAGACCCUAUUAGAGCUGGUGAAAUCGUGGUCUUUAAAGUCGAAGGACGAGACAUUCCAAUAGUUCACAGAGUAAUCAAAGUUCAUGAAAAAGAUAACGGAGACAUCAAAUUUUUGACUAAAGGAGAUAAUAACGAAGUUGACGACAGGGGCCUGUACAAAGAGGGCCAAAACUGGCUCGAAAAGAAGGAUGUGGUGGGACGAGCCAGAGGGUUUUUACCGUACGUUGGUAUGGUCACCAUAAUAAUGAAUGACUAUCCAAAGUUCAAGUACGCUCUCUUGGCUGUAAUGGGUGCAUACGUGUUACUAAAACGCGAAUCCUAAGAUGAGAAGUUCCUGGCACCAGAUUGAAAUGAAUUCUGUUGCAAAAGAGAAAAACUAAUAUAUUUGAAGUGUUCCACUUUCUGUAUAAAAGGAAACAAUGUGGAGACAUUUUUGUCUUGUCCAAAUAAAUGAUUCAUCAGGAAA